AUGGACUUGAUCGAAGUAUCAACAGACCACAACGGCACUGCAUUGGAAAUGCAAUACGACUUGGAAGAUGAGCCAGAGAAUAGGGAGUGCGUCGACGAUUGUCUAGCCUACGGCAUUAAUGAAAAGCCACCAUCGUAUCUAACACCGCUGUUGGCCGUACAGAAUGUAGUAACCACUUUAGGUUGUUUGAUUUUCGUGUAUAAUAUUUUGGCCCCGAAACUGUGCAUUUUGCCAGAAGACCCAGCACGCGCACACUUGCUGGCCACAGGUGUUAUGAUGGCCGGCAUCGGAACCGUGAUGCAAACAAUUUUGGGUGUCAGGCUUCCGAUCGUCCAGACCAGUGGAUUUGUGUACCUUUCUUGCACGCUAUCCAUAUUGGAUCUUCCGAAAUGGCAGUGUAGUAGCAACAUCGACCUAUUCACGAUGGGUCCCGAGGCCCGUACGCAGGUGUGGAAUCUUCGUGUUCAGAACAUCCAAGGCACUAUGAUUAGCAUCGGUAUCAUUCAAAUGUUUUUGGGGUACUCUGGUAUUGUCGGAAAAUCGCUGAAAUACAUAACGCCGCUGACCGUAGUGCCAACCAUGUGCCUCAUAGGAUUGUCAGUCAUCGAAAAAGGAGUAUUUCUCAUGUCAGGAAAUUGGACUACGGCUAUCAUGACUCUAUUUUUACUGACAUUAUUCUCUCAAUAUUUGCGAAAAGUCGCUAUUUCCUUGCCAGUCUAUUCGUCUAAAGGUGGAAUGUUCAGAGUGCGGUUGAAGAUUUUCGCACUGUUUUCGAUAUUACUAAGCGUGGGCAUUAUGUGGAUCGUGUGUAAUUACAUGACUUCAAAGAAUAAUCUAUUACCAACGGAUCCGGCGAACACAGACUCGAAGGCUGGAAUAUUGCGCAACGCACAGAUAUUCCGAAUACCUUAUCCUUUUCAAUGGGGUUGGCCGACUGUUAACUUGACGUCGAUAUUGGCUAUGUUACCCGCACUUUUCGUUAACAUUGUAGAGUCAGUCGCCAAUUAUUACACGUGCGCAAGAUUUUCCAAUUUGACUAAGCCUCCACCGAAUGCAGUGAAUAGGGGUAUCGGCAUCCAAGGUAUAAGUACGAUUUUUGCCGGUUUCCUUGGAACUGGUUCUGGCGUUAGCUCAUCCAGUGAAAAUGUGGGAAAUAUCGGCAUCACUCGAGUGUGCAGUAGAAACGUGAUUGGACUUUCAGCCUGCAUUAUGAUCGUUGUGUCCACAUUUACCAAACUAAUCGCACUACUGGUGACUUUGCCGGAUCCAGUACUCGGCGCAAUGACAUCCGUUCUACUCGUAUUGAUCGGAGCCGUAGCGCUGUCUAAUCUACAGUUCAUAAAUCUCAACUCGUUAAGGAAUAUGUAUAUUCUCGGAUUGUCAAUAUUUUUUGGAUUGGCAAUUCCAAAGUAUAUAUCAGCGGUGCAUGUUAAUACCAUCAUUAACACCAAAUACGAAACCAUCAACGAUGUUCUCAUUGCGUAUCUAUCCUCUGGAAUAUUUAUCAGCGGAUUUAUUGGCUUUAUUUUAGAUAACACUAUUCCAGUUGAUGACGAUGACGCAAUGAGCAGUAAUGGGUACCACAAUCCCGGCAAUGAGCUCAAUAUUUCCAACAAAACCAUAGACGAACAAGUAUACAAGAUUUCAGAUUGUCUCUACGAUAAAAUAAAUUAUUUUUUAACAUUUUUUUUGUAGUAUAAUAAUAUUAAGUUAUAUCUUUGUUUACGAUAA